GUCUGUUUUCCCUGUCUGAUUUCAGACAGGUUGGACUACAAUUCCCAUCCCCACCUGUCUUCGCAAUCUGAUUUCAGACAGCCUGGACUACAAUUCCCAUCCCCGUCUUUCUGAUUUCAGACAGGCUGGACUACAAUUCCCAUCCCCGUCUGUUUUCCCUGUCUGAUUUCAAGACAGGUUGGACUACAUUUCCCAUCCCCGUCUCUCUGAUUUCAGACAGGCUGGACGACUAUUUCUAUCCCAGUCUGUUUUCCCUGUCUGAUUUUCAAGACAGGCUGGACUACAGUUCCCAUCCCCAUCUGUCUUCGCUGUCUGAUUUCAGACAGCCUGAACUGCAACUCCCAUUCCUAUCCAGCAUCCCUGGCUGUUUUCACACAGACUGGACUACAUCUCCCAUCCUUGCCAUUUGUGGUUUUGGGUUAUGCUGGAUUACAAUCCCCGUCCAGCAUCCCUGCUUCCGGAUACUCUACGCUAAAUAUCUCCAUUUAGUUGUGCAAGGCUAUAAAUUUCAUAAUCUAUAGAUAACAUAUUAAAUACCUGUGAUGUGCUGAAUUACGACUCCCAUCAUCCAUUUCUCUCCCCCCCCCCAUCUCUACGUGCUGGACUACAACUCCCACUGGCCCUCUAUUCAGGUUAGAGAUGGCUGCCAUGGCCGUAUAAUUCCAGUAAAAUUGAAAAUCAAUAAAAUGCAAAAAAAAAAUGUUGCUUCCAUUUAGCUGUUAGUCUGUUGUAGAACGAAUUCCCAAUAUUACCAGUAAAAAACUUUUGUGUAUUAGGUUGUUGUAACCACAUAAAAUUGGACAGUGUGUUUGUUUUUGUGUAAACAAUCUAAUUAUUUAAUCCCGGCUGUUGGAAAAGCUGUACUUGAAGUUACUGCGAGUUCUUGGUGAAUAACAAAUCUUGCCGUCACUUGGUUGUAAUACCAGGGCAUAAACAUAAUGUAGUGUAAUUUUUAAAACACUUAUUAGUGGAAGUGCUGAGUCACCUUUCAACUUUUUUCUUUAAAACAUACCUGCAAAUACAGCUUCUGAGUAGCUUUCAGAAAUCAUGUAUUGGAUUAAUUACCUAUGAUAGUUUGUUUAUGACAGAUUCCUGGAUAAAGAUGUCUCCCCAUUAAGCUGCUGUUUUUUUGGGGUGCAGAUGUAGAAAGUUUGAUUUGCUAAAAGUAGCUUUCAAAGGAACAACAAUUAUUUAUAAAACGUGUGGUUUUAAUACUGACACCGCCCACUAAAACAAAUCCUUCACAUAUUUGAAUGGUUUUAGACCAUGAAAUCUACCUACCUUUAAAGUGAUGCUGGCUUGGUUUUUGAUGGAAGAGACCAGCAUGGCUGCUCCUCUGAAGUUGGGUGUGAUAGGGCUCCUAUAAUAGCUAUUUAAAAAAAAAAAAAAGAUUAAGAGCUUCCCUUGAAUUCUGCCUGUUGAGCUAGUCAAGGCACAGCACAUCUUUAUAAAAAGCCUACAAAAUUUGUAAAGUUUCCUUUAGAUUCCAGCAAAGCCAGCUUUGGAAAUCUAGAAAGCUCCAAGGUUUAUCUAAUCUAGAUAAAAUCUAGAAAGUUUUGUCUUCGGGCUGUAUCUGCUCUAGAUAAAUCUAGAGGUCCCUUCCUCACCUCCCCAUGUUCUCUUCCUCCUUGGCAGAGGAUUGUUGUGUUAUUUACAUUCCCUCCACCUUGAAGGAGUGGAUCCUAUAUAAACUGGGGUAAGAAUACCCUCUUUUCAAACCAAAGUCUUUAAUGACUCCUGUUACGAAUGGAAGGAAAACUUAUUUGCAUCUCUGAAUGCUUAUCUUAGCAAAAACAUAUUCUCAAUGGCAGUAGAGUUAACCUCACGGUCUGUUAUGCCGUAUGACUUUUUGCCCAGGCCAUAUUUUUUUCUGCCUGAGUUUCCAAUAAGUGAUGUAAAGCUACAGUCCAAGGUUAAUGGCUUGUAGAAGAGGUUCUUGCAUUCUCAUCCUUCCCUACUACAAUUAAUUGAUGAAUCUUUGUUUUGCUGCGGUCCCCCCCCCCCUCUUCAGAGCAGCAUAGUAGCAAUCUUUGUAAUAGUCCUGUAGAGAAGGUUAAACUGAGGUUUAGUGACUUGACUGUUUUAAAAUCCUCCAGGGAAUUUCACAUUUGACAAAGUAGAACCUUGGUUUCCGAAUUCCUAAUAUUCUAAUUCACUUAGGGCAGUAAUGCCGCUUUUAGCGUGAUGGAAGUUGUUGCGUGUAUUGGCUACACUUGUACGGCUUCUGGCAAAAAACCUUGGUUUUCAUUGAUUUGUAGAUAGAGGUUCCAGCUGUUUAGUUUAAUAGUAUUUGUAGCUUCAUGGAAACUCGUUUUAUUACCACAAAAUGGUACAGAAUUUAGAUAAUGGUUCCUGUAACGCUGUUACGCUUGGGGACUCCUGCUAUUUAAAGCUAAAACUGACAGGUGGAUUCUUUGUCUGGUUGUAAUCUCAUUGUUUUGGAAGAUCAAAGCGUUUCUAUUGGCAUUUUAGUGAAAAAAUGGAUAGCCAAAGGGACCGAAAUGGCAUUGUUGUUAGCACAAUUCCCCUAGUGUAAAGCAAAGAGAGUCUGAAGGCUUUGGUUUGAAAAGGGUGUGUGGCAUAUUGUAAGAGCUUGCUCCUUCCUUUUUUUUUUUGCUUUACACAAUCUUCGUAAGUUUACAAGGUCCCAAUUCCCAAACCAAGUCCUACUGGUAACAAUACGAAACUCGUUAAUGAUGAUUUUUGGCGAAACCUUAAAAUUAAUUUUCUUUAAACAUUCAGAACAAAAACGUACUGUUGGUAACACCAUGGCAUAUGUCUUGUAUGACGUUACGUGGCAAUAUUUUGUUACUUCCCAGAAUCAAACUAAAAUGUAAAUUAAACAUGGAUUUGAUAAUUCAGCUUCAUGGUCAUCAGUCAAAACAAUGGCAUAUAUCGCCCAAAGCUCUUUCACAGUUUCUGAUAGGGCAAGUUACCUGAAAACUGUAAAAUGGUAGGAGCAAGCUAUGGAUAUGCUCAUGAUCUUUUAUUAUUUUACAUUUGUAAAUUAAGGAGGUUUGAUAGAUUUAGUCACUAGAAAACUGACUCUAAAUUAUUGAUUGAUAAUCUUUCAGAGCGGUUGUUUUGGGUUUUUUACCGUGCUCUCUCUGGAAUUGUUUGUUUUUGAGGAAGCAAUAAUGGCAUUGAGACGAUUACAUCUUAGAAGAAAGUUGCCUUUUUAUUCACGUCUGUUUUUUUUUUUAAAAAAUAAAGUCUCCUACAUUAUAUUUUCAUCUUUUAACCAAACUUCAUAUUCCACAUUCACUCUCAGAAUGAUGGAAUGGACUCGGCUGCUCCCUUCUGCUCAUAUUUUCCCAGCCACAAAGAAAAUCGUUUUAAGUCUCAGCCUAAUCCUCUUUUAAUUACCGGCCUUGCACAGAUUAUGCAAAAAAAUAAAUAAUUAGCCCAAAGAAAUACUUAAGCAGCUUACAAACACAGACAAUUAAAAAAAAAAGUGACCAAAUGAAAUAAACACCUAAGGUAAAACGAUGGAUAUCUAGUUCAGGGGAUCAGCGAGCGUUUCCUGCAAAGAACCUCCUUAAAUUGCACCAAUGUUGCUGUUCCUAUGUAUGUGUGUCUCUCUAUCACAUAACCCAGGACUUCUUUCCUCAGCCGCAUAGCUAGGGGCCGAGCCUAGCCAUGAUUUUACCUCCAAUGGAUCCAGGUUUCUUUGAUGAAGAUUUCUCCUGAGAAUGCAAGACUAGCAGAAAGAAGCGAGGAAUUGCCCACCGUUUGGUUCUUACGGAUAGGUAUUUAUGUACUUGGGUUUGUGUAAAUAUAUGAUGGGCGUGGCCACUUGCACGACCUUUCCGAAUACGACGCCGAAUAUUCCACCUGGAACAGAGAUUACCAAUUGUCCGAAGAGGAAGCUCGAAUCGAAGCUCUCUGUGACGAAGAGAGAGGAAGAAUAUAAGAGGCUGAGCGAAGCUUUGGCUGAGGAUGGAUCCUAUAAUGCAGUGGGAUUUACCUACAGUAGUGAUUAUUACGAUCCCUCAGAACCCACUGAGGAAGAAGAACAGCCGUUCAAGGCCAAAGUGGCUGUAACUAAGGCAGAAACCGUAGAAGAAAACGAAGAGCCAUUUAUCGCCCCUUUGGGAUUGAAUGUACCUUCCGAUGUGGAACUGCCCCCCACUGCCAAAAUGCACGCCAUCAUCGAACGGACAGCAAAUUUCGUCUGCAAGCAGGGAGUCCAGUUUGAGAUUAUGUUGAAAGCAAAACAGGCUCGGAACUCCCAGUUUGAUUUCCUGCGGUUUGAUCACUACCUCAAUCCUUACUACAAAUUUAUUCAGAAAGCCAUGAAGGAAGGGCGCUACGCUACUUCUUCGGAGAAGAAGAAAGAGGAGGAAAAAAAUGCAAUGGAAGAUGGCGAUGAAGAUGAUGAUGACGACGACGACGACAAUGAAGGCAAUUACCUGCAUCCCAGCCUUUUCGCUUCUAAGAAACGGAGCAGGCUAGAAGAGCUGAUGAAGCCGCUGAAGGUGGUGGACCCCGAUCACCCGUUGGCAGCCCUUGUUCGCAAAGCUCAAGCCGAAAACGCCACUGCGUCUCAGGCGGGCGAAGGAACCACCGCUCCGUCAUCCCAAGUGGAAUAUUCUUCCGAUCCAACAAUGGCAGCCAUGUACUACAGCUAUUACAUGCUGCCCGAUGGAACCUACUGCCUUGCCCCACCGCCUCCGGGGAUUGACAUGGCGACUUACUACAGCGCCUUGCCAGCGGGUGUGACAGUGUCGAGCACUACCGGCGUAGCCACGAUCACAGCACCUCCGCCUCCCGGCACAACACCACCACCAUCGUCUUCAGAAGCCAGUGAAGACACGAGUGGUGCCUUACCUGGCACAAGCACUUCAGCAAGCUCAAUUCCUCCAGUGGUUGCCGUCAUUCCUCCACCUCCAGAUAUCCAACCUGUAAUUGACAAGCUAGCCGAGUAUGUUGCAAGAAAUGGGAUUAAAUUUGAGACCAGCGUUCGUGCCAAGAAUGAUCCGAGAUUUGAAUUUCUGCAGCCUUGGCAUCAGUACAACGCCUACUACGAAUUUAAGAAACAGUUCUUCCUUCAGAAAGAGGCCAGUGACAGCUCAAAGCAGGUCACCUCUUUGUCAGAGGACAUUUCUACCGAUGUGCCCAGCGCGGCACCUGGAGAGACCCAGUUUGCUCCUGAGCAGACUCCUGAAGAUGCCGAUUCAGCUGCUGAAGGAAAUAAUGCAAAGGACCCAGCUGCCAUCAAAAUUAGCAAUGAUGGCAAACUGAUAAAAGUGUCAUUUGCACCCAUCAGCUUUGCAAUCCGGGCCAAAGAAAACGACAUGCUCCCUUUGGAAAAGAACCGGGUGAAGCUGGACGACGAUAGUGACGAGGAGGAGGAGGAAGGCAAAGAGGGCCAGGAGAAUGCCAGUAGCACCUCCAACAGCGCUGCCCUCCUUGCCCCCUCCAGCAGUGCCCCGGAAGAGAAAAAGCCCCAGCUGACCCAGGAAGAGCUGGAAGCCAAGCAAGCAAAACAGAAAUUAGAAGACCGGUUGGCAGCUGCAGCAAGAGAGAAACUAGCCCAGGCUUCCAAAGAAUCGAAAGAGAAACAGCUUCAAGCAGAACGAAAGAGAAAAGCCGCCCUCUUUUUGCAGAACCUGAAGAAUCCACUGUCAGACAUGGAAGUUGAAAAAAUGGAGGAAAGUGCCUUUAACAUGGAGACGGUCAGUAAUAUCCCCUGCUCUCUCUUGACCGGCAUCCGGACAUUACCAGUCCUAGAAGCCAAGGUGCCCGAAAGGCCUACAAGCAAAUGCAGAGAUCUCCCCAGAGAAGAAGAGAAAGAGAAGAAGAAGAAGAAACACAAGAAACGAUCCCGAUCACGGUCCCAGACCCCUCCUUCGAAAUACCACUCCUCCUCUUCCUCCAAAGCCAAAUCGCGAUCCCAUUCGAAAGCAAAGCAUUCGCUUCCCACGGCCUACAGAACCGUCCGGCAUUCCAGGUCUCGCUCAAGAUCGCCGAGAAGACGGGCGCACACCCCCGAAAGGCAUCGAGAAGAGAGGAGCGUCCCGACUGCCUAUCGUGUGAGCAACAGCCCAGGCAUCAGCAGAAGACGCACCCGUUCCAGAAGCCCACACGAAAAGAAGAAGAGGCGGUCUCACUCCCACAUCAAGUCCAAAGCGAGGUCCCACUCACCUUCCGUCUCGCCGGGAAAACAACCCACACAUAAGAAUUCCAGUCACUCAGCCAGCAUCUCUCCCGUGGAGAGUCGAGGAUCCAGCCAAGAGCGUUCUGGGGGAGUGCCUUUGGAAAAAGAGGGCCAGAUCUCUUCUGCGAUUGUGUCGUCUGUUCAGAGUAAAAUCACUCAGGAUCUUAUGGCCAAGGUGAGGGCGAUGCUUGCAGCCUCUAAAAAUAUUUCAACCAGUGCCUCUUGAGACCGAAAGAUGGAAGCUCUAGAAGGAACAGAAAGUCCUUGUUAACUGCAGGAAAGAGAGUCUUCUUGCAACGUUGCUGAGUUGCAAAACUUCCUUGGCCGAAAAAACAGCCACGGGAAAGGGAGCCUUGUAAAUUAUGUUCUGAUUGGUUUCUCAGUUAGAAUUUUACAACAAAGAGGUGCCUGUAUAUUUGUAAAUACGACAUUCCGGCGAGUGUUACACAAAUAAAAAUGCAGAGAAAUCCUUUUUAUUAGCUAAAGGCUUUCUGGAGAUUGGUUGGUUA